GAGAAAACGGGGCAGUUCAUAAUUUACGAAAGGAAAAGUGGUUGUGGGCUGGUGGCCCCAUGGGAGUGGAAAGCCCAUGGAAUGAAGUGAGAUUUGAAUGGGCGUUUGAAGGAAGAGGUGUGGAGGAGAGAAUAUGGUUGGAGGUUCAUUAGCAGGGUUGCAAGAGCAUCUCAAGUUAGCCCGAGACUACGCUCUCGAAGGCCUCUACGACACCUCCAUCAUCUUCUUCGACGGCGCCCUCGCCCAGAUCAACAAGCACCUAAGCACUGUCCAAGACCCUUUAAUCCGCGCGAAAUGGAUGAACGUAAAGAAAUCACUUUCGGAGGAAACAGAAGUGGUAAAGCAGCUAGAUGCAGAGAGAAGGGCUUUCAAAGACAACCCCAUUGGCAGACGCCCUGCUUCGCCUCCCAUUUCGGUGAAGUCAUCAUCGUCUUUCGUUUUUCAGCCGUUGGAUGAGUACCCCACUUCAUCCAGCGGUUCUGGUCCCGUUGAUGAUCCUGAUGUGUGGCGGCCGCCCAGCAGGGACACCACCAGCCGGAGACCGGCGCGGCCCGGUCAAGUGGGUGCUCGGAAAUCGGCCCAAGACGGGGCUUGGGCGCGUGGCGCUACAACCAGAAGUGGUGCCGCUGGGCGUGGUGCUAAGGCCGGUGCUACCGGUAGGGUUAACUCCGGGACUCGAGCUUCGACUACCGGAAAGAAGGGUGGCGCUGCUUCUGGAAAGGCUAGCAAGACGGAUGCCGCUGCUGCAGCUGUAACUAAUGGCGAUGCUGAAGAUGGUAAGUCAAAGAAGCCUCAAUAUGAAGGUCCUGAUCCAGAAUUGGCUGCAAUGCUUGAAAGGGACGUGUUAGAAACCUCUCCUGGAGUUAGAUGGGAUGAUGUUGCAGGGCUUACUGAAGCAAAAAGGCUUCUAGAAGAAGCUGUCGUUCUUCCUUUGUGGAUGCCUGAAUAUUUCCAGGGAAUCAGGAGACCGUGGAAAGGUGUUCUCAUGUUUGGACCUCCAGGAACUGGGAAGACACUUCUUGCUAAAGCAGUUGCUACUGAAUGUGGGACCACUUUCUUUAAUGUAUCUUCUGCUACUUUAGCUUCUAAAUGGCGUGGGGAGAGUGAGCGCAUGGUGAGGUGUUUGUUUGAUCUUGCAAGAGCAUAUGCACCAAGCACAAUAUUCAUUGAUGAAAUUGAUUCUCUAUGCAAUUCUAGGGGGGCUUCUGGUGAGCAUGAAUCGUCCAGAAGGGUGAAGUCUGAACUUCUAGUUCAGGUUGAUGGUGUAAGCAAUAGUGCCACAAAUGAAGAUGGUAGCCGUAAAAUAGUAAUGGUUUUGGCAGCUACUAACUUCCCUUGGGAUAUUGAUGAGGCACUAAGGAGAAGGCUGGAAAAGCGUAUAUAUAUCCCUCUUCCAAAUUUUGAGAGUCGUAAAGAGCUGAUCCGAAUCAAUUUGAAGACUGUUGAGGUGGCACCUGAUGUCAAUAUAGACGAAGUGGCUCGCCGGACAGAGGGAUAUAGUGGAGAUGAUUUGACAAAUGUCUGUCGCGAUGCUUCCUUGAAUGGUAUGAGGCGCAAGAUAGCAGGAAAGACUCGUGAUGAAAUCAAGAACAUGUCCAAGGAUGAGAUUUCAAAGGAUCCUGUUGCCAUGUGUGAUUUUGAAGAAGCUUUGGGAAAGGUCCAACGAAGUGUUUCUCAGGCUGACAUUGAACGCCAUGAGAAGUGGUUUACCGAGUUUGGAUCAGCAUAAAGACUGGGACACAUCAACGACGGUAGUGCUGUUUUUGUUUUUGGGCUACUACUUUAUUUCUGUUCUCCAAUGGGUGGGUGAUUUGUAUCCGUUGUUUGUUGAUAUUUCAUUCGUUUGCUGACACGAUUCAUUGUAGUUUUAUGAUGUUGGAGGGAUCUUCAAUUGUUAAUUUGUAUCUGCGACCAUUGAAUAUUGAUGUAAUUUAGUCUGACAUGAUUUCAAAGCAGUUAUCAUCACUUAAUAUACUUAGUUAUAUUUGUAGCCAAUGCCA